CAUGGGGUUUUGGUUCCGCAGGUGGUGUCGCCCCUCAGACGAGUGUUGCGUGACCGCGUCUGAGGUGCGUCAUGUGGCUGCAGUCUUUUUGCUUUAAUCAUGACGGACCAGACACCACCUUAAAGAUCCAGCAUUCCCUCCCUUCCGUUGUUUUUCAUUCAUCCUCCGAUCCAUUUCUCCGUCCGUCCGUCCGUCCGUCCCUCCUCCUCCGUGAGGCCGUGUGGAGCGCACUGUACUCCAAUGAGAGAGAGAGAGGGAGGGAGCGAGCUCGAGAGAGAGAGAGAGGAAGGACGCGGUGUCAGGACGUUUGGGCAGAUCAGUGCGGACUAAGGUAGAGCUUUUUUUCAGGGCGGGGAUGGUGAAGGACUACACCGGCACCGAUGAUCCCGAAGCCGGACCAUGAGAGGCGGUAAGCUGGAGGAGAAGCGGCCGUCACAUCCGUGUCUUUGGCGGCGUCCCCAUGUCCCCUGAGCCGCUUCUUCUGGAUGGACGCGCAGGUGUUGCAGCGAGGGAGGAAGCUCGUCAGCAGCCUUAAAACACGCACGGUAUUUUCCUUUCACGCUUCCAGCUCGACACAUCUGAGAACAUUCCUCACAAAUGUCCCAUUUCUGCGGAAUCUGGUCGGAGCGCACUGCUGAAGCGGCAGUUGCCACAAGCUGUACCAAACAUUGCGGAUUUUUUUUUUCCUCUCAACGAAAUAAAUAAAUAAUGCUAGAUUCUUCUAAUUCUCUGGACCAAAUGAGCGGGUUUUAAAGGAGGAUGCGGGAGGAUGCAGAUGAACAUGAAACAUUCCUUAUGAUUCCUGUUGAAGGGGAAAGAGCGGAUUGACGGAGCCAGAACUGCAUCCAGUCAGCCAACCAUUUAAUUUCCACACACCCAAAGCUGGCAGAGACAGUGACGGGAGUCCUGUGAACCAGCAGCUGCAGGAGUCCGGCAGCAGCCAGGAGGUCCACUUGUGCAUAUGAGACGUUCUGCUCCGGGUGGGAUGUAAUGUUGUGUGGCUGCACAGCUGAGCCUUGGUCUCCUUCUGAAGAUUGGCUCAUAGUGUCCACAGCAUGGCGCGGUUUGGAGACGAGGUUCCGGCCAGGUACGGCGGCGGGCCCGGAGGAGGGGGUCCGGGUGGCCGUGGCGGAAGCAGACAAGGUGGAGCCCAUGGACAUGGGCACGGACACGGGCAUGGACACGGGCACGGCCACGGACACGGCCAUGGUCCACCUGGGGGUCCAGGUGCCCAGAGAAUGUACAAGCAGUCGAUGGCGCAGAGAGCCAGGACUAUGGCCCUCUAUAACCCCAUACCUGUGCGCCAGAACUGCUUCACUGUCAACCGCUCGCUGUUCAUCUUCAGUGAGGAUAACUUCGUGAGAAAAUACGCCAAAAAGAUCACCGAAUGGCCUCCAUUUGAGUGGAUGAUUCUUGCCACCAUCAUUGCCAACUGCAUCGUCCUGGCCCUGGAGCAGCAUUUGCCUGAUGGCGAUAAGACGCCGCUGUCUGAGCGCCUGGACGACACAGAGCCGUACUUCAUUGGGAUCUUCUGUUUUGAGUCUGGAAUUAAGAUUCUCGCCCUUGGUUUUGCCUUCCACAAGAACUCCUACCUGAGAAAUGGAUGGAAUGUCAUGGAUUUUGUGGUGGUGCUCACUGGCAUCCUGUCAACCGUCGGUUCAGAUUUCGACCUGCGAACCCUUAGAGCAGUGAGAGUGUUGCGGCCCCUCAAGCUGGUGUCCGGUAUUCCCAGCUUACAGGUGGUGCUCAAGUCCAUCAUGAAAGCCAUGAUUCCACUGCUGCAAAUCGGCCUCCUGCUUUUCUUUGCCAUCCUCAUGUUUGCCAUCAUCGGCCUGGAGUUCUACAUGGGCAAAUUCCACACCACCUGCUUUGACAAUCACACAGAUGAGAUCAGAGAGGAGUUUCCAUGUGGGACCGAACUCCCAUCACGACUGUGUCCGGAGGGAACCGUGUGUAGAAAGUAUUGGCUGGGACCAAACUACGGCAUCACCCAGUUCGACAACAUCCUGUUUGCUAUUCUUACCGUCUUCCAGUGCAUCACCAUGGAGGGCUGGACUGACCUGUUAUACUAUAGCAAUGAUGCCUCAGGGAGUGCAUGGAACUGGAUGUACUUCAUCCCCCUCAUCAUCAUCGGCUCCUUCUUCAUGCUCAACCUAGUGCUGGGCGUGUUGUCAGGGGAGUUUGCCAAAGAGAGGGAGCGUGUGGAAAACAGAAGUGAGUUCCUGAAGCUCAGACGGCAACAGCAGAUCGAGCGGGAGCUCAAUGGUUAUCUCGAGUGGAUCUGCAAAGCUGAAGAGGUCCUGCUGGCGGAUGAUGAAAACGACAACGAUUACGAUGGAUCCAGAAGAAGAGCGACUAAGAACCACAAGAGCAAAGCUGAGCUUUUAAACCCUGAGGAGGGUGAUGGGGAUCUGGCAGUGGGGUCCCCAUUUGCCCGGGCCAGUCUCAAAAGUUCGAAGCUGGAAGGAUCAACAUUUAAGAGGCGGGAACGGCGAUUACGCUUCCUAAUUCGACAUGUUGUUAAGUCUCAGGCUUUUUACUGGACUGUGUUGUGCUUGGUGGGACUCAACACGCUGUGUGUGGCGGUAGUGCAUUAUGACCAGCCCGAGCCACUUUCAGAUUUUCUAUAUUUUGCUGAAUUCAUCUUCCUGGGAAUAUUUUUGACGGAGAUGUUCAUCAAGAUGUAUGGCCUCGGGAAGCAAGCGUACCUCAACUCCUCCUUCAACUGCUUCGACUGCAUUGUAAUCUGCGGCAGUAUUUUUGAAGUGCUGUGGUCCAUCAUCCAGCCGGGCACAUCGUUUGGCAUCAGUGUGCUGCGAGCUCUCAGGUUAUUGAGAAUAUUCAAAGUCACGAAGUACUGGGCAUCCUUACGAAAUCUUGUGGUUUCUCUGCUGAACUCCAUGAAGUCCAUCAUCAGCUUGCUGUUCCUGCUCUUCCUCUUCAUCGUAGUCUUUGCCCUGCUGGGCAUGCAGCUCUUUGGAGGACAGUUUAAUUUUGAAAAUGGCACUCCUCCAACCAACUUUGAUACCUUCCCUGCAGCAAUAAUGACAGUGUUCCAGAUCCUGACUGGCGAGGACUGGAAUAUGGUGAUGUAUGACGGCAUCAAGUCUCAGGGCGGAGUCAACAAGGGCAUGGCCUUCUCUGUCUUCUUCAUUGUCCUCACGCUGUUUGGCAACUACACUCUACUGAACGUGUUCUUGGCCAUCGCUGUUGACAAUCUGGCCAACGCACAGGAGCUGACCAAGGACGAGCAAGAAGAAGAGGAAGCUGCCAGUCAGAAGAUCGCCCUGCAGAAGGCCAAGGAGGUCGCUGAAGUCAGCCCACUGUCUGCUGCGAACCUCUCUAUAGCAGCCAACAAAGUUCACAGUGAGUGUAACAACGCCACAGACCCCUUUCUGGACUGCAAGGAGCAGCAAAAGAACCAUAAGGGGCUCAGCAAGUCUGUGUGGGAGCAGCGCACCAAGGAGCUGAGGAAACAGACUCUGGCAUCCAGCCGAGAAGCCCUCUACAAUGAACUGGACCCUGAUGACCGCUGGAAGGCAAGGACAGGGAGGGAGGAGCACAACAAUGUGAACUACUCACGACAUGUUCGUCCGGACAUGAAGACCCAUCUCGAUCGACCUCUGGUGGUUGAUCCUCUGGAGAACCGCAACAACAACACCAACAAAAACACGCCGAACAAUCCAGACAUGUGCUACAAUGCAAAUGAGGUACAGAAGCAAACGCGCCUUCUUGAAAACACUGGACAAGUUGUAGGUGUCGGUGGAGGAGGACCUGCUGUGACCAAGCCCCCGCUAGAGAGAGGGGAGUCUACAGAAAGCAGGCGUAGCCGGAAAGCUGAUCACCACCACCACCAUCACCACCACAGCUCCCAUGUGCGGUUAGAUGCCACCGCCAUUCCUGGUCCUGGAUCAGAAGAUAGGCCGCCCAGGCGCCACCACCACACCCGGAGUGGAAGCAGAGGUGGAGGCCAGUCAGAGCACCGCAAGCCUAGGUCACAUCGCAAGAACGCGGACGACGAGGAGGGCGGCGGAGGUUCUGGGAAAACAGGAAGGCACAAGAGCAAAGCAGCGGAUGGGGCUGGUGAAGGAGAACAGGAGGGUGCUGGAGACAGUAACGAAAGGAGACCCAGAAGAAAUUGCCAUGGCAACCAGACCGACGGAGAAGGGAAAAGAGUGUGCCAACGUCGCAGAAAGGACUGCAGUGUCCCUAACCUUUCAACAACAAGGCCGAUCCAAAAGAGCCUUUCCAGGCAGGACAGUAAGUACAGCGAAGACAUGGAUAACCUCAUGAAUACCAAACUGGUAUCCGGUUCAACUCCACCGACCGAUGGCCAUCCAGUCCCAAGACACACUGUGGCACCCGGUUUCGGAUCUGCUCUGCACCUUGCUAACAGCGGCACUCAUGGGAGUCUGGUGGCGAUAGACAGCUACGGGAACAUCGGCCAUCACCGGGCCAACAGCAUCAUCAGGCUUCCUCACCACGACUACACAGCCAUCGACAUGCCAAUUUUUCCUUCCACCAAUGCCAAAUUGCAAGUGAAUAAGAACGCCAACACCGAACCUUUACCAGCAAAAGAGGACAAGGAUGACGACGAUGACGAGAGGGGAGGCGAAGGAGGACCCAGACCGAUGCCUCCGUUUACCUCCAUGUUCAUUCUGUCCACCACGAACCCCUUUCGCAGGGCUUGUCACUACAUCUGCACCCUUCGUUAUUUUGAAAUGUGCAUCCUGCUGGUCAUCGCCAUGAGCAGCAUUGCACUGGCAGCUGAAGACCCCGUCUGGCCUGAGUCGCCUCGGAACAAUGUUCUGCGCUAUUUUGACUAUGUCUUCACAGGAGUGUUUACAUUUGAGAUGCUAACAAAGAUGGUGGAUCUGGGAUUGGUAAUGCAUCAGGGCUCUUAUUUCCGAGACUUAUGGAACAUCCUUGACUUUAUAGUGGUUAGUGGUGCUCUGGUGGCCUUCGCCUUCACAGGGAGCAGCAAAGGAAAAGACAUCAGUACCAUCAAGUCCUUGAGGGUGCUGAGAGUGUUACGACCUCUGAAGACUAUUAAACGCCUUCCCAAGCUCAAGGCUGUGUUCGACUGUGUGGUAAACUCGCUGAAGAACGUCCUGAACAUCCUCAUCGUCUACCUACUCUUCAUGUUCAUCUUCGCUGUGGUUGCUGUGCAGCUGUUCAAGGGACGCUUCUUUUACUGCACCGACGAGUCUAAAGAGUUUGAGCGCGAUUGCAGAGGCGAGUUUCUGGUCUACGAACGCGAUAAUGAAGUUAAGGCACAGAAGCGGGAGUGGAAGAAGUACGAUUUCCACUACGACAAUGUGGCUUGGGCCCUCCUCACCCUCUUCACUGUCUCUACUGGAGAGGGGUGGCCGCAGGUGCUGAAACAUUCAGUCGAUGCGACUUAUGAGAACCAGGGCCCGAGCCCGGGAUACCGGAUGGAGAUGUCCAUCUUUUACGUGGUGUACUUCGUGGUCUUCCCCUUCUUCUUUGUCAACAUCUUCGUGGCUCUGAUCAUCAUCACCUUCCAAGAACAAGGAGAUAAGAUGAUGGAGGAUUAUAGUUUAGAAAAGAACGAGAGAGCCUGUAUAGACUUUGCAAUCAACGCCAGACCCCUGACACGCCAUAUGCCCCAAAACAAGCUCAGCUUUCAGUACAAGAUGUGGGAGUUUGUGGUGUCACCGCCGUUUGAGUAUACUAUCAUGGCCAUGAUCGCGCUCAACACUGUCGUACUUAUGAUGAAGUAUGAUGGGGCUUCGGAUACCUACGAAGCUGUAUUGGGGAACUUGAACAUCGUGUUUACAUCUCUUUUCUCAAUGGAAUGUGUGCUCAAGAUCAUUGCAUUUGGAGCACUGAAUUAUUUCAAAGAUGCGUGGAAUAUUUUCGACUGUGUGACUGUUCUGGGCAGCAUCACUGACAUUCUGGUGACGGAGCUUGGGAACAAUUUCAUCAACCUAAGUUUCCUGAGGCUGUUCAGGGCAGCGCGUCUCAUCAAGCUGCUGCGGCAGGGAGAAACCAUCCGCAUUCUGCUGUGGACCUUCGUGCAGUCGUUCAAGGCCCUGCCGUACGUCUGCCUCCUUAUUGCCAUGCUCUUCUUCAUUUAUGCCAUCAUCGGAAUGCAGCUGUUUGGUAACAUUGCGAUCGAAGAAGACGGAGAGAGCGCCAUCAACCAGCACAACAACUUCAGGACCUUCAUACAGGCUCUCAUGCUUCUGUUCAGGAGUGCAACAGGCGAAGCAUGGCAUGACAUCAUGCUGUCGUGUCUUGGGAGUAAAGAAUGCGACCCCCUGUCAGGGAACACAGAGCCGGAAUGCGGAAGCCAAGUGGCUUACCUCUACUUCGUCUCCUUCAUCUUCUUCUGCUCGUUCUUGAUGCUGAAUCUGUUUGUCGCCGUCAUCAUGGACAACUUUGAGUACCUGACGCGAGACUCCUCCAUACUUGGACCACAUCACCUGGAUGAGUAUGUCAGGAUUUGGGCGGAGUAUGAUCCUGCAGCUUGCGGUCGCAUUCAUUAUAAGGACAUGUACAGUUUAUUGCGAGUUAUCGACCCGCCUCUUGGCUUAGGAAAGAAAUGCCCCCAUAGGGUGGCUUGCAAGAGAUUGCUUCGCAUGGAUCUGCCCGUAGCCGACGACAACACGGUUCACUUCAACUCCACUCUGAUGGCGUUGAUACGCACUGCGCUGGACAUCAAGAUCGCCAAGGUUUCAGAAGGUGGCGUGGACAAGCAUCAGAUGGACGCGGAGCUGAGGAAGGAGAUGAUGGCGAUCUGGCCCAAUCUCUCUCAAAAGACUCUGGAUUUGCUGGUGACGCCGCACAAGUCAGCGACAGACUUGACAGUGGGAAAAAUCUAUGCCGCCAUGAUGAUCAUGGAGUACUACCGGCAGAGCAAGAUUAAACGCUCGCAGGCGCUGCGGGACGAGCAGAACCGGACCCCGUUACUCUUCCAGCGCGUGGAGCCACCUUCUCCCUCACAGGACGGAGGACCCGGACUCAACAACGCCCUCCCUCCACCGGAGAAAACGGACACGGCGAACAGCCUACCCGUGGAAGGGGGGAUCCCAGCGAGCCAAUCGUGGGUCACGGCUCGUGCUCAAGAAAUGACCCAGAAAGUCGGCAGCUGGAGCCCAGAAGGUCAAAUAGAGGACGGUCUGGGCAGCAUGUCUCGCUCACAGACGGUAGAGAUGAAGGAGAUGGGGCAGGAUGGUUACUCGGAUACUGAGCACUUUCCUCCAAUGGAAGGCCACGGCAGGGCCGCUUCCAUGCCCCGCCUCCCAGGAGACAACCAAACCAUCAAUGACAACAGUCCCAUGAAGCGCUCGGCAUCGUCGUUGGGUCACAGCAGGUCCGGCCGCGGGCACAGGGAGCGAGGAGACGACUACACCAUGGAUCGUGUGCCUGAGGAGGGCCGCGUUUCCAGACACGGGCACCGGCGAAAAGACCGAAGCCACCGCGCGUCCGAGCGGUCACUCUGCCACUACGCAGAUGCCGACACAGACCUCGGCACCACCACGGCAUCCGGUGACCUGACAGCCAAGGACAAGGACCGGGGUCGUUCUAAAGACCGCAAACACCACCACCAUCAUCACCACCACCACGGCUCGGUGGAGAAAGAGCGCUAUGUAGCAGACAGAGGAGGCGAGUAUGGACACAGACACUCUAGAGACAGAGACCAUGACCGAGAGAGGGACCGAGAGAGAGACAGGCGCUGGUCCAGGUCACCCAGCGAAGGUCGCGACUGCAUGCCACAUCGACAGGGAAGUAGCUCGGUCAGCGGAAGUCCAGUCCCGUCCACUUCGGGUACGAGCACUCCGCGCAGAGGCCGACGACAGCUGCCUCAGACUCCUGCCACGCCCCGCCCACAUGUCACAUACUCCCCUGUUGUGCGCAAGACCAUGCCAGUCCCUCCCUCAGGACCUCCGGGUCCGAGGCGAUUCUCCCCUGAGCCGACCCAAGGUCAGGGCGUCCCCCUAGCUGGCAUUCCAAUGGCCCACCACGGCCCCCCUCGCCAUCCUCCCGUGCGUUGGGGAGACCAAGUCGGGGGCUCAUUGGAAGGGGAUGGCUGCUUCUACAACCAGGACUAUGACCCUCGACAUGAGCCUCCUGCCUAUGAGCAAAACCCAAUACAAGGUGGCAAUCCUCACGCUCAUCCUCUUCCUCCUCCGCCACAGCAGCAACCACACAACCCCCAUCCUCUUCCGCCUCCUCAGCCGCACCCUGUAAAUAACCCCCACCCUCACCCGCCUCCCCACCCACAGCCCAACCGCACCUCACCACGGACAGUCCUCCACGGGGCCCCUGCAACCAUUACUGGACCAGCGCCGGGUCAGCCGGGAGUCCAGCGUCGCCUACCCAAUGGGUAUCGCUCUUCAUCUCCUUCCACACAUCUACACGGACCACAGAAGGUCCCCCCUCCAGCUGGGCAUCCGAGGGGUCCUCGUAAGGGCCUGCAUGAACCCUACACAGAGACACAGGACGACUGGUGCUAGCCCCCGGGGACACGGCACGAACGGAGAAACCCAAGUAAACAGACAGAAAGGUGAAAGAACUGGCUGCCAUGAUUCAUUCUUUCAUAGCUGUUUAUUCCACCACGGCUCGUCCCGGGUGGUGGGCUCGAUGGCGGUGGAGGGUCUGCGCCGGGGGACACCAGGAUCAAGUGCAUCAUUUUUACGACGCCAAGUGAGGAAAACAAGAACUACGGAAUCGUCCACGGCCGUUGUUUGUCUUAAAUUCUGCCUCCGGCAACGAGCUACAGCCACUUACAAGAUGUCAAGAGUUGCGACUCGACAAAACAAAAAAAGACUUUCUUUUUUGUCAAAGCUGACGCUGCAGGGGACCCAACCCUCCCAGCCACUCGCUGAAUAUUGAUGAGUUUUAUCAUCUGUGUUUUUAAUUGAAAUUGACACGCCGGCCUCACGAGGCGAGAGGUGGGUGGGAGUGUUGGGGGAGCACGCUGUGGAUAACCCCGGAGGACUCGCUGGGUCAAGUAAGGAUGUUUACCCCCGUCCGCGGAACAAACAGCCUCCACUCAGAAACAAUAUAACCAACCUCAACCUGUGAUGACGGAGAAGAAAAAAAAAAGUGGAGUUCCAAACAAACUUUUCUGCAGUAUUUCUUCUUCUCCUCCUGCAGCUUCUUCUUCUUCCUCCUCUUCAACUGAAACAUUGAAGCUUGAAUCUUUGGUUGCACUCCACGCAGCUUUGUUUUUUAGACUUGCAGAGUUGUACACCCUGUGGAAUCCUGCAUGAAUGAUACAAAAGAAAAUAAUAAUAAUGAUAACAAUAAUAAUAAUAAUAGCAACAAUGAGAAACGACUGUAUGUGGGUGGGGGUGCUUUCUUGGUCUUUUCUGUUGUGAUCUGAACGUUUCUCUCUUUUUUUUUGUAAUCUGGCCUUUCUGUUUCUCUCUCUCUCUCCUGUAUGACAUUCCUCUCUUUGUACCUUCACUGGAACCCGCCGAUGGAAGGAGAGAAUUUAUCUGUAUGAAAAACAAAUUUAGGUUUUGCUUGCUCGUCUGUACGUUCCGUGCCAAAUGCCUGAAACACUGAACAGCUGGAAAUGCACAUCUUUUUUUUGUGAUCAUAACUUUUGUAACACAAGUGAUGAUCUUAAGGGAAGCAGGGUCCGUGUCGAGAACGUCGGUGGACGAAGUUGCCAAAUCAGAAAACACUUUCAAGUCUUCCAGGAUUUUUGGGUGGAAACAGAGAGAUAGAGAUUUAUAGAAAGGUUUAAAAAUGAGAGAGAAACUGUGCGUUUCAUGGUAAUUGGCUAUAUAAAUGGAUGAAAUACAACGGUUUGUGAUGGUCACGAGACAGAUUCCUUUCUGUCUUUUGUUGUUUUUUAAGAUCAGAGUCUUUUUUCCAACCCUGAGGUGAAGCUUUGACACUAAUGCUUUUACUGUCAGCUUCACUUCAUGAAGCAUUCGGGUCUGUCACUGCGAUACUGGGCCUCUUUCAUUUGACCUAAAGGAGCCAAUACAUCGAUUGCUAGUCAUUUAAAAGUGCUGUAACAACAGCUGAAAUGACUAGGGUGCACUUGAAUUAAAAAAAAAAGUAUUCUUUAUCAAAUGUAGAAAUGGACUAAAAUAUUUAGAUAGUCACUCAAUACUCAACAAUUGUUCAAGAUUCUGAAGGUUUCUCUGAGAAAUUUGUGUUUUCUAACCGUUUCUUGUGGUGUUACCAAAAAGACACGAAACACCACAAACAAAAAAUAGUAGAUAGUAGAAUAGUUCAUGCUUUUUGUGAGUGUAGAUUAGCAGUGUCAAACUCAAUCAGGGGCCAAAAAUGUUGGACAAAUGAAGCUGCAAUCCAUAUUUACUGAAGCCUUUUACUGAAUUUACUGAGGCUAAAAAAAGGUGGUUUGUUUUUAACUACAGAAGUUGUCCUGCUUCAUCAUUACACUGGAAACGCUCUCCCUGAAACACGUUUCAUUGGGAAAUCCGAUCAGAGCAUCGUGAAGUUUCCGGAUUGAUCGCUGAUAUUUAUAAUUCUCGUCAACAAGAUGAGAUCAAGAUGCUGGUUUUUCAUUCGAGCCGACAAUUCGAAGCACUUCUUUGGACCCCUGGCCUUGAGUUUGACAUGUUUAGCCUUGAGCUUAUGUUACUGCCAUGUUUUUGAAUGAGAGAAUGGAAUUCAGUUUCUGCUUGACAUUCCUUAAACUGAAAGGCAUAUGCAACAAUAAAAGCACAAUUUAGUCAAUACUACCGUACAGCAAGAGCGAGGGGGAUAUUGAACCCUCAGGCACUAUGCAACGGUUGAAGCUGUGCUCAUGAGGGUAAAAGGGAAUCCAGUAUUUGUCCCCCUGAAAUAUGAAUUUGUUGCCUUGUGAAUCUGUAAAUAGUUUAGCGAGACUAAAGCACGUAGGUAAAAGAAAUCACUCAACGGUAAUUGACUGUUUUGCCGGAUAAUUUUUUUUUUAUAUUAACUGCCAUCUCUAGUGAUCAAAUUUCUUCAGUCGCCAUAGGUCAUUUUUGAGAUUUGCUCACCGAGGCGCAGUACCGUCUAUGGCCGGAGGGUGCCACUGUAACGCUACAUAUGUCGUCUGGCUCGGAACAGAAUCCGGUGUUCAGACGUUUGGGUUGGAAGAAAGAAGUCUGUCGUGGGAAACACCUGUGUACAAUCUUUGUUUUGAUUCCGUGUGUUUCUCUGUGUGCCUCAAACUAACACGUGUCACCAAUGCACACCACUGUCAGCUCCAUCGAUGCGUAGAACUAUGAUUUCAUGUUUACUUUAACCUGGAGGCCUAACACAUGUUGACCAGAGAAUGCACCAGAAAUAUAUAUAUGUAUAUGUAGAAGAGAAAAAUAACUGCCUAUUAGUGUCUUUCCAACCUCAGUGGAAUGUCACAAUAUUUUUUCACUAAAAAUCAGAUAUAGCACACUGGGUAUGUAGCUCCUGGUUGUUGUGUGUGUGGGUGUGUAUGGGUUGGUUUGUAUCAGGUGAUCGGUUUUGUGCUUACUCAGCUUUAUUUGUCUCCAGAUUUUAUUAAUUCAUUUGUUGUUGUUUUUUUUUUACACAAUUCAGUCGAACAACCCAAACAUUUUGGCUGUGUGUGGAUGAGUGUGUGAGAAAUGCAGAGCCCUGGUCAUCCACCAUCCAUAUUUGUCUAUGCUGCAGUGAAAUCCACUAACACGCUGAUCAACCACACGUCAAAAGCAAUGUAAAGCCGCUUCUGAGAGAAAAAAAAGAGUUUUUUUAAGAAGAAAAUGUUAAAAAAAGAAAAAAAAGGAAAAAAAAAUAGUUCCAGAAAUGCAUGUGCUAUGUGCAUGCCACACCGUGGGUUAACAGUCAUCUUCAGGACAUAAAAGAUAAAAGCAGACUAUUGAAUUCAGAGGAAAAAAAAGAUAUAUAAAUAGAUAGAUGUUUUUAAAAAAAAAGCAACAGUUCCUUUUUCCUUCUAUUUUUGAGAACAAAAAAGGUUUUGAAAAAAAUGAACAAAAAAAAAACAACUAAAGAGUCGAAAGACAAAAGAGACUUUGGUGAAAGUCUGGUUUGUUUCCUGCAACAUGGGGAUGAGACACGACACGAUCAGGACACCACCAACUGUUUUUAAAGAGAAAAAUGUAUAAAAUAAAAGAGAAAUGCAGUUCAAUGGUGUUUUCUCCCUUCUGUUUGUGGAGGCCUCCGGUUUGGUCUCGCACGCACUCCCUCUUCUCUUCCUCUCUCUCCAACUCUGUCUCUCUCUUUCUCUCACUCUGUCGCACUCUCGAACUGUCUCACUGCUAUUUCUACCAGUGCAUUUUGUAAUUCCAAACAACUCUUCCUAAAGAAUAAAAUCCAGAGAGAAUGCA